AUGUUUCAUUCCGCGGCCUCGAAAUCACCAGAGCAGGAAAACGACACCAAAGACAGGUCCCGGGCCCGAGCAUCAACAAACUUCUAUGACCGGAUCGUAACUGAUUGGUGGUGGUGGGAGAUACUCAGCUGGAUUAUCAGUUUCGUCUGUGUGGCGGCUAUAGUAGGUGUACUGUGGUAUUACGAUGGUAGAAGACAGCCAGAACACUUGGUAACAGGCAUCACACUCAACGCAUACGUUGCAGUCUUCGCUGCGGUUUCAAAAGCAGCAUUAAUAAUGCCUGUUUCCGAAGCGAUCAGUCAGUUGAAAUGGAUCUGGUUUCAAGAGGAGGCUGCACUAUGGGAUUUUCAACUUUUCGACGCGGCCAGUCGUGGGCCUUGGGGUGCGACUAUGCUACUUAUCAGAACGCGAUGCAAGCAUGUUGUAUCCUUGGCUGCCUUGAUCACCAUACUAGGCCUAGCAUUCGAGCCUUUCUUCCAACAAAUCGUCACCUAUCCCGAUCGUAUGAUAGUCGUCGGAGGUGGCUCGACAUGGGCCGCAUCAACUUUUGUACCCCAAUCUCUACCGAGCACUCGCCGGCUUGGUUUUGACAACAAUAACAGAGACCCGACAAUGACUUUGGCUAUCGACACCGUCCUCAACACCCCAGAAAUUGCUAUGAGGCCCUCCACGGCGCAGUGCUCCACGGCGAACUGUACAUGGCCUUCGUAUGUCACACUUGGCGUCGGUCACACAUGUCAAGACGUGUCUUACCUGCUCCAGUAUAUAUGCGAAAACAACACGGAACUAGCCUUGCCACAACAAGUCGUCUCGGCGGUGGAUCCCUGUGGCUACAAGGUGAACGACACGUUCGUUGCCGGCUCCGAAGGUAGUCUCGGUUUUCGCAAGGUGACCAGUUUAUCGACAAUGGUAGUCGAAACAUUUGACUUUGAAUCUAGUGGCAACCACUUCUGGAACACCACAGCUUUUCACAAUUCGACUCUGCCUAUUUUGGAUUUCUAUAUUGCUUAUACGCCAGGAGGUCCAGAAGCGGCGCUCAGAAACCAGACACCAGUAUUGCUGGAAUGUUUACUCACAUGGAAUGCCCACACUAUUGAUUCCCGCUUUGUCAACGGUAUGCUACAGGAGAGGAUACUAGAUACUGUCGUCAUACAGCCCCAGUCAUUGAACAAUAGCACCGCCUGGCCUAUAACCGCUAUAUUGGGCUCGAACAACACAUUCAAAAUUCUCAAUGGGACCACUCAACUCCUCCGCGAUUGGAUCUUGUCGGAUUUUCCCUUUUAUCUGGAUCAAGAUCCCGCAUACGAUUUUGAGCUCUACUCUGGCAUGUGGAACUUUCAUCAGAUCCCACCCUACGACUUCGAGAGCCAUAUCUCCAACCUUACGAAAGCUAUAACAAACGACAUGAAAUCACGGUCUUCUGGUAUGAAGCUCAUAGAAGGAAUAGCGUGGAGCUCGGAACGUUUUGUGAAGAUCCGCUGGGCCUGGAUUACGUUGCCCGCCGCAUCGCUCAUAGGAAGCUUG